AUGGCCUUCAAAUACACGGUGGGGCGGCACAAUGUCUUCAAAGUGAAUGGUACCGUCUUCACGAACUGCACUAUACCACCACCAAAUGAAGCUCUUACCAUUGGAAAUGAUGUGAUUACACUGGCCACCCCUGGAAGGAAGUGGUACAUUUGCGAUGUAAACGACCAUUGUGCCAACUACGGACAGAAGCUUGCCAUCACUGUGCUGGAAGGGUGGGCGUCUCCUGCACCGGCCCCCUCCCCCUCCACCACCACAGCACCAGCACCCAGUUCUGCUUAUGGGAUCUCGGUGUCUGGGUAUUAG